AAUAUAUAAUUAAAUAAUUUAAAUAUAUAUUACUUUUUAUAUAAUUCAUGAAAUAGAUUUAGUAAAUAGAUUUAUAUCAUUUUUUAUAUAUAUGUUCAAAUAUUUUGACUUGAAAUACAUAUUCUAUAAUCUUCUUUCUUUAUUUUAAAUAUCUUUUCUUAUUUUUUUCUCAUAAUAAUAAAUUUUAGUUAAAAUUUUAUUUUAAUUAAAUUUUAAAACGUAUUCUUUAUAUUAAAAAAUAUAUAUUAUAAAAAUUAUGUAUUUUUUUAUUGUUUUGUGAUUAUUUUAUAAUAAAAGAAUAUAUAGAUAAUAUAUUUGUUUUGAAAAUCAAUCGUUAAAAUUAAUGAUACUAAAAGAUUUGAUAUAAUAUAAUAUAAGAUUUAAUAUAAUAAAUAAUAAAAAAAAAAUAAUAAUAGUUUAAGAAAAUUAACUAAAAAGGAAAAUAAAUUAUUAAUUAUGGUUUUUAUAGAAACAAACUGUUUUUUAAAAUUAAAGAUUAUUCUAGGUUAUAUAAGUGAUCAUUCUUGUCAUAUUAAACAAACAAAACAAUUUUUAUGUACAUUACAAAGAUAUAAUUAUAUUAAUUAUACAAAUAAUAAGACAUGUUUAUAUAUCAUAUUAUCUCAUAAUAAAAAUCAAUUUAAAAGAAACAUUUGUAAUAUAAAAGAUAUGAAAGAUUUAUUUUAUCUUUCAUAUUUAUCAAUUUCUAAUAGAAAAUUUUGUAUAAAAACAUUAAGAAAAGAUCCUAAUAUGUUUGGAUAUCUUUCAUAUAAUAAAUAUGAGAGAAUUAAAAUGGAUAAAAUGGAAGAGAAAGAAGAAAAAUUUACUGAAAAUAUAAUUCCAAAGAGAACAAAAUUUACUUAUGAAAAUUAUUAUAAACUUAUUAAAUCUCAUUUAAUUAAUAAAAAUUUACAAUUAGCCUUAAGUGUAUUAGAUUUAAUGAAAGAAAAUAAUGAUAAACCUAAUAUAUAUAUAUAUAGGCUUUUAAUAUCUGCUUUUGCUAAACAAGGUGAUAUUAAACAAUGUUUUAAAUUAUAUAAACAAAUAAAAGAAAGAAAUUUAAUUGUUACUCCACAUAUAUAUAAUAAUUUAAUUAAUGCUUGUGCUGAAUCUAAUGAUAGAGAAGAAGCAUUAAAACAUUUAACAUUUUUAAGAAAAUAUUUUUAUGAAAAAAAAAUAAAUUUAAAUAAUAUACAUUAUUCAACCCUUAUUAAGGCUUAUAGUUGGCAUGAUCAAAUUUCAAUUGCUUUUGAAAUAGCAGAUGAAGCAAAAGAUAAUGGCAUUUAUUCAAAGGAUAUAAUUUCUGCUUUAUUUCAUGCAAUAAUCACUGAUACAAAAAAUGGAUUAAAAUAUGCAUUAUGCUUGUGGCAUAAAAUGAAAAUACUUAAAAUGAAGCCAAAUAUAUUUCAUUAUAAUCUUCUUUUAAGGGCAAUUAAAAAAACAAACUUUGGUGAUCUAAAAAUAAAUGACGUUUUGAUACCAAAUUCAAAGAAUACUCAGAUUCAAUUUAUGAAUACUGGAAGAUCGGAUUUAUUAGAUUCUCCACCAAUAUUAACUACUUCUCUUAUUCUUAUGCUUAAAAAAUAUAAUUAUUUUAUAUCAAACAAUGAAAAAUCAGAAAUAGACAUAAGUAAUACCAAUGAAUUAUUAUCUAAAAAUUUGAAUAAUAUAUUAAAAGAAAAUCGAUUUCUUUUAUUUGGUGGAAUUGAUAAAUUUUUAAAACGUAUGAAAAGUGAUGAUGUAAAACCUGAUUUAAAAACAACAACAUUAAUAUUAGAUUUACUUCCAUCUACAAUAGAAGCAGAACAAUAUUAUCUUAAAUAUGUUAUAUCAAAUAAUUUUAAAAUUGAUAUAACUUUCUUCAAUAUGCUUAUUAAAAGAAGAUGUUUAAGAAAACAAUACAAUGCUGCCAAAGAUGUACUGAAUGAAAUUCAAAAUCAUCAUUUUACACCAAAUAUUAUUACUUUUGGAGUAUUGGCUAUUGGAUGUAUUAGGUGCAGAGAUGGAAUAGAACUUUUAGAACAAAUGGAUACUAUUGGUUAUGCACCAAAUUUCAUAGUCUUAGAAACAUUAUUUUUCAAUGCAUGUCGUUAUAAGAAUUUUGUAUAUAUAUUGCAUUUAAUGGAAUAUAUAUUGCAUAAUAAUGUUAUACCAACAAAAAACAUAUUAAAUAACUUAGAAAAAUUUGAUGAAUUAACAUUAGAAAUUAUUGGAAAUAAGGGCGAAUAUAAUUAUGCAAAAAUUAAUAAAAUUAAGAAAGAUUAUAAUGACUUUAAAAUAAGAUAUGAAAAUUGGAAAGAAAAAAUACAAAAUAAUAUAAAAUUGUCAAAAUAAAUUUUCUUUUUGUUUACAAUCUGA